AUGAACACUUAUUACCCUUUCCACGACGAAGGAGAGUGGGAACUGGGAAGGUUUUUAGUUGAGAACCUAACUCAAACUCAGAUUGACAAGUUUUUGAAGUUAAAAUGGUUUCACACCCGCCCAAGGCCAUCUUUCACCUCGAAAGACCAGCUUCUAGACUGGGUCGAUGCACUCCCCUCUUUUGUGCCAUGGAAGGUCUCAAACAUAGAGUUCACAGGCUACAAGACGACUUAUCCUGUACAACUCAUCUGGCGUGAUGCUUUAGAGGUCAUCAAACAACUCUUCAGUGAUCCCGUUUUUGCCAAUCACAUCACCUUUCAGCCGCAUGUUGUCAAUACCAGAGGUCAGCAUGAAUAUGGAGACUAUAUGAGCGCUGAUAUGGCAUGGAAAAUCCAGGACCAUCUACCAGUAGGCACUACACAAGUACCGAUUAUCUUGGGAUUGGAUAAAACACCUGUGACACGCAUCACUGGAGGGCUCGAGAUGCACCCGCUCUUCAUCACGAUUGGUAACCUGGACUCAGAAGUUCACUCUAAGGCCACACUACGAGCUUGGCAUUGUAUUGCUUACAUGCCUAUUGCUAAGUUUCGUGUGCAUCCUGACUAUCAGUGCAUUUUGCAGGCACGGUUAUGGCACAAAUGUGUCGAUCUUGUCUGCGCCAACCUCAAGAUCGCUGCAAAGGAUGGUUGUUUUAUGCGCGAUCCUUCCCGAUAUAUUCGCUAUGUCUUUACACCACUUGUCGCUCACGUUGAUCCUUGGGAUCUCGAUAAAUUCCAGAAGGCAGCAAAAGCGGCUCACCUGUCUGGAGUUCACAUGCCAUAUUGGAGCAAUUGGAUGUUUGCAUGCCCAUCCAUCUUUCUCGCCGGUGAAAUUUUGCAUACCUGCAUUAAGUUUUUCGCAGACCAUCCACUCAAUUGGGUCAAGGAGACAGUAGGAAAAUGCGAGCUUGAUGCUCGCUUCAUGGUUCAGCAUAAACGGGUAGGAACACGGCACUUCACCAAAGGCGUCACCCAUGUCAAUCAAAUGACAGGGCGGGAGCACCGAGACAUUCAACGCACCAUCGUUGCUUCAAUUGCAGGCAUCGCUGCACCCAGAUUAAUUCGUUCAAUCCGUGCGCUCAUAGAGUUCAUCUAUCUUGCUCAGAAUCCUGUUCAUUCUCCUGAUUCCCUGCAUUCGAUGGUUCAAGCGCUUUCAGAUUUUCACGCAUUCAAGGAUGCUAUCAUCAAUGCCGAGGCAAGGAGGGGAAAGAAGGGUGUUAAAGAAUAUGCGCAAGCUCCCCAUUUUUUCAUUCCGAAACUCGAGCUAUUGCAAAGCUUCCGAGGCACGGUUGAGAGACUGGGCACAUUGAUGCAGUUUUCGGCUGAUAUGACAGAGCGCUUACUCAUCACACACUGCAAGCAUCUCUUCGAGCGCACAAAUCGGCGGUCUACUGAUUUUACGGAACAGUGUGUACGGAUCCUCAAUCGCCAGGAGUCCAUGGAACUAUUUAACCUGUACGCACUAUUCUAUUCUCGUGGCGCAUCACUCGUCAAUGCCAUACACAUUGAAGAUGAAGAAGUGACAACCGUUAAUCCAGCGCUUUCCUGGGUUUCUCGUGUUCUCCCUGAUGAAGCACACUCUGUUCAUGGACCUCGGCCAGUUCGGAAUCAUUUUCUUAAGGGCAUUCUUUCUGAAGAUGCUCUCACCGCCUUCCAUUUAACUUCGACACCAGAUUUCAAUGCUCUAACACCCAUCAGUAUUCAGACCAAAUAUUCACUUCUUGACUUUGAUCACACGCUCUCUCGGUUUAUUGAUCAGCUAUCCCUCUCCACUGGCGAGCAUACCCGCUGGGACCACAGAUAUGGACGCUUUUGCACAUGGAAUAAAUUUCGGCCACAGCUUCACUCUGCUUUUCAGUCACAAGUCAUCAUGCCAAGCAGGGUGGUACAAGCAUACCCACCGAGUGAUGCAUUCCCCCUCGGAAAUUGUGAUACUGUCCUAAUCAAUGUCAUGGGUGAUGACGGCCAAACUACCAGUCGUGUUGCACAAGUUCGCCUUAUUUUUCAGCCAAAGAUUCCGCGAGCUUCGAACCUAGUGUUGCUGACGUUCCUCUCCAGUCCACUCCUUUACGUCCAAUUCUUCCAUUUCGUCACUAAUCCCAACGAUCGUCCAGAACUCGCAAUGUGGACGGUAGAGCGCACAUACAUGAUAGACCAACAUGGCGAACGCUAUAGGUGUGGUGGUGUGGUGUCAUUGACGGAUGUAACACACGCUGUCGAAUUGAUACCAGAAUAUGGUAACAAGGUGGACGAGAAGAUUUCUUCGGCCACCUCUUUGGAGAGCUAUGAUCGGUUUUUUCUGAACAGCUUCACUGAUAAGGAAAGUUAUCAUACAUUUAGUACAGAGUUCACAUAG